UGAGAGGGGGGCAGAAAAGUUCGUUUUAACUCUUCUAAAGGACAGAGAAAAAUAAAAACCUACUGCCAUCUAAGACGUUAUAUAAAUCGAAAUACAUAUUAUAAUCUCACUAAGGAGAAUAGUGUUAUAUUUAUAUAUAUUUUUCACCCGUUGACACUGAGGUGAGGGUCACCGCGACACAUCAUCGAGUUUACUGCUGAUUCACGUUUAUUCCCCAUAAAACUAACUUUAUUCUGACACACUUAUCAUCCUUAAAGUUUAAUAUAUAUGUAUAUAUAUGUCUAGUUUGUUGUUUUAACAGAAUCUAUCCUCUACAUGAGGCUGUGUGAAUUCAUACUGGCCCUAUCUGCAGAGUUACUAUAAAUGGAAAGGAACCGUUUGGCACAACUACUAAAUAUUAAGAAGGGGGAUUAUACUGUAGUAAUAACCUGUAUCAUUAUUAUUAAUAGAAUUUAUUUUAUUUAAACAUAAAUUGUUCUCAUUGUUGGAGUACUGAAAGAGUGUGUGUUGCUGCGUCAAAGCCGAGUUUACGACACAGAGCGAAUGUAGGCUGCGUGUGUGUCACUGCCACCUCCCCCGCGCUUCAGGCGCAUAUGGUACAGUCCAUCAACACAGGGUGUGGAUUGAGCGCCGGCCACAGCAGCUUAUAGACAACAAGGAAUAAUGAUUACGCCAAGUUAAGCCUGGCUGUGAAGGAAAAACAAGCUCGACGGAGAAGAGGGGGAAAAAAAUUCCUAUAAACAAUCUGCAUCAUCUAGAGAGAUCCAGGAAGGUGUCCUGGGGUGGAAUAAGAGGCUCCGAGAGCUGGGAGACGGAGAAGAAGUGCGUACUGAAGCUGUGGAUGAGACCAGAGAAGCACUCUGAGACUGCUCAGGAUGGAAGUGUGGAGUGAUCACGAUGGAAGUGUGGAGUGAUCAGGAUGGACUCUGCACAGCUUGGAGUGAAACUCUGAACAUCUAUCACUCUUAGAGAAGAAGAUCUGGAUCGUGGAUUAUUCUAUACAAGCAAGAGCACAAGAUCAUUUGAAGCCCUGUGUUAACUGACGUGAGGCUCUUCACUGCGUUCUCAGUGAAAUUCUCAUUUAAAGUUUUCAGGAAUUGUUUUUCUUUCUUUCAACACUUCGCAACCUAUCUUGGAAUGGACAGAGACGGAUCAGCAAGAUCGUUUCUCCCCUUAAAUAUUAGUCUUGUAGUGCCUGUAACUGAACUUGCACUUGUGCACUUUGCUUUACUUCAUUGUUUGUGCGCGUGCACAAAAAAAUAAAUAAAUAAAAACCCCUGAUUACGAUACACGGCUGUGGGUUUGACACUCUCGGUCUCCUUUUGGACAUCUCUGAACGUUUGGUUUGGACUUUGUGUAGACUAUAACAGCGCCCCUUCGCUUCGCUUCGCCUCGCCUUGCCUCGCCUCGCCGCCUAUCAGGAUUAAAGCUGCAAGGUUAAACCCCCGAGGGACGAGGCCAUCCAUCUGCCCUUUGGACUCACUAACUCAGUAGGGUGCAACACGCGGAUCCUAAGAAACCCUUGCUAUUUUUAGGGAUAGUGAUGGGGUAAUUGGCGUUGGAAAUGAAGACACCCACCCCCUUACCCCCAUCUUGAGCACACCAGCACUCCCAGCUUCAGCUGCUCCGAUAUCCGGACUGGAAAACUGACCAGCGUCAAAACUGGUCUUCAACUGGAUUCCUCAGUACUGGAGGACGAAGAUAAAACUAGCUACAAUGCAAGCAAAGCUAACUUUAGUAACCAAAUAAUUUCAUCCCCUUACCAUCAGAGAAAUAUAUAUAUAGAAAUAUAUACGUAGAUUAUAGUUAUAAAUAGAUAUAUAGACUAUAUAUGUAACAGAGUAUAUAUGUAUAUGUAUAUGAUAUAGAUAUAUAUAUUGCAGAGUCGUAGUUUGAAUAUGAAUAAGUAUAUUAUAUUUUUUAUGAGCAUCGUUGCCUAAAAGCCCAAUCCAUUGCCUUAGAUUUACCGUAAUAAAGAGAAAAGCACGGACAGAGCACGGAAACAGCGUUGGGAGAAAACGAAUGGUGCCUUUUUUUUUCGUUCAUCUGUGUCGUCACUUCAGGAAUUGGCUCUCGAUCGAGGAAUACUUCUGUCAUCACUGACUUUCAGUUCGAAUCCAGCGCUAUCGGAUAUACGUACACUCGUAUCGAAGAUUCAUCCGAGCACGUGGACGGGAUUAUCCUGACGACUUUCCCCCCCUAAAAGUGAUUGUUUCGUCGUUUUAUUUUCUUUAAUUAAAAAACAAACAAACUUGAUUGAUGUAAUUCUUCGAAGGAGCUCCACACAAAAGCCUUUCCGAUGGUGAUCACUUCAUCCGUGGAGGAGAAGCCGCAGCCUUCUAACAGAAUGGUCGCCAACCUGUCGACCGACUCCUGGAUCGGCAACUCGGAUCAGAGUCGCUACGUACCGCAGUCGCACCUGCUCCGGAAGCCGUCCAAAAGUUCAGGAUGUAUGCCCCCCUCCUCGUCCCUGUGUUUCUCCCCCGCUGAGCGAAACAUGUCGAGCCAGCACACUCAUCCUGGAUUAAGCAACAUCCAGUCCAUGGCAGAACAGCAGCAGGUGCUGUCCGAUAUGACCAUUCUGCAGAGGAGGAUCCCCCCGAGUUUCAGAGACCCCGCGAGUGCGCCGCUCAGAAAACUCUCCGUCGAUCUCAUCAAGACUUACAAGCACAUCAAUGAGGUGUACUACACUAAGAAGAAGCGACGUGCGCAGCAGGUUCCGCCCGAGGACUCGAGCACCAAGAAAGAGCGGAAAGUUUACAACGACGGCUACGACGACGACAACUACGACUACAUCGUGAAGAAUGGGGAGAAGUGGCUCGACCGCUACGAAAUCGACUCGCUCAUCGGCAAGGGCUCCUUCGGACAGGUGGUGAAGGCGUACGAUCACCACGAGCAGGAGUGGGUGGCCAUCAAGAUCAUCAAGAAUAAGAAAGCCUUCCUGAACCAGGCGCAGAUCGAGCUCCGGCUCCUCGAGCUCAUGAACAAACACGACACCGAGAUGAAGUACUAUAUAGUCCACCUGAAGCGGCACUUCAUGUUCCGUAAUCACCUGUGUUUGGUGUUUGAGCUGCUCUCCUAUAACCUGUACGAUCUGCUGCGUAACACUAAUUUCCGCGGCGUGUCGCUCAACCUGACGCGGAAGUUUGCUCAGCAGCUGUGCACGGCGCUGCUCUUCCUGGCCACGCCCGAGCUCAGCAUCAUCCACUGCGACCUGAAGCCCGAGAACAUCCUGCUGUGUAACCCCAAACGCAGCGCCAUCAAGAUCGUCGACUUCGGCAGCUCCUGUCAGCUCGGGCAGAGGAUCUAUCAGUACAUACAGAGUCGGUUCUACCGUUCUCCGGAGGUGUUGUUAGGAAUGCCGUAUGAUCUGGCCAUCGACAUGUGGAGUCUCGGCUGCAUCCUGGUGGAGAUGCACACGGGGGAGCCCCUGUUCAGCGGCUCAAAUGAGGUGGAUCAGAUGAAUAAGAUUGUGGAGGUGCUGGGCGUUCCUCCGAACCACAUGCUGGAUCAGGCACCUAAAGCACGCAAAUACUUCGAUAAGCUCUCAGACGGCCUGUGGACCGUCAAGAAGAACAAGGACAUAAAGAAGGUACUUUAUCCUUCAGCCUCCGAGUAUAAGCCUCCUGCAACGCGGCGUCUCCAUGAGAUUUUGGGGGUGGAGACCGGGGGUCCCGGGGGAAGGCGGGCCGGGGAGCAAGGCCACGCCCCUUGCGAUUACCUGAAGUUUAAGGACCUGAUCCUGCGCAUGCUGGACUACGACCCCAAAACGCGCAUCACGCCGUUCUACGCCCUGCAGCACAACUUCUUCAAAAAGACCACAGACGAGGGAACAAACACCAGCAGCUCCACCUCCACCAGCCCGGCCAUGGACCACAGCCACUCCACCUCCACCACCAGCUCCGUGUCCAGCUCUGGUGGAUCCAGCGGUUCUUCCAAUGACAACCGAAACUAUCGGUACAGCAACCGAUACUACAACAGCGCCGUCACACACACGGACUACGAGAUGCAGAGCCCGCAGGCUCCGUCUCAGCAGCAGUUGCGUAUCUGGCCAGGAAGUGACAGCAGCGACUCGUCGUACCCGCAGCUCCUGCUGCACAAACCGGCCGCCACGCAGCAGCGCCACUUCCUGGGCGGAGCGGCCAUGAUGGAGACGCUGCACCCGCACCCCGUCUACGGCCGCCAGCUUCGCCAGCAGGGCCCGGCCCAGGGUCAAGGGUCGCAAGUUCAAGGCUCGCAAGGCCAAGGCUCGCAAGGUCAGGCGAUGAUGUCGUCGCCGCCGCCGUCGUCGCAAGUGCAGGACAGCAUCGAGCUGAGUCUCGGUGGCCAUCAUCAGCAUCACCACCAUCACCAAUUGGCUCAGUCUUCCUUGGCUCCGCCCCUUUCUCUUCCUCCGUCGAGCCUGGACUCCAGCCAGUACGGCUCCUCCAACCUCCACCUGGGAAUCUCCGCCUUUCGGACUAGAACGGCCUCUCAGACGCAGCAGAUCGCACAAGCCCCGCCCACUCAGGACAGCAUGGGCUACGUCCCGCCCUGUUACCCCGGAAACAACAAUAACAACCCACCACAGGGAGGCGGGGUAAUCACCGGAGCACCGCCCAGAGGCGGGGUUAGACCCGAUUCGUCGGAGGAUUCCAUCAUGAUGGGAGGUGGGGGGGGCGGAGGCGGGCAGAGCGCGGCCAACUCUUGAUAAAUCUUGAACAAAUUACGCAAAGCCAUACACGAAAAAAUUGAAAAAACAAAAAAAUUUUAACGUAAAUGAUUUAAAAAAAAACAAAAACACACAGACAUGUAGUACACACACACACACACACACACACACUUUCAAAAACACCACACGGAGAAAAAACUUGUGAAAAUUUUAAUUUUUGUUUGUUUUUGUUUUGCAUGGGGAGGAGAAGAGGGAGAAGGAAAUAACAUUGUUAAUUUUUUUUGUUUUUGUUUUUUUUUUUGUUUUGUUUUUGAAUGAAGUGAGCAGAGGGUUAAGUUAAGCGUCAGAGAGCUUCAGAAGGUUUGUUUUUAUUACUAUUAUCAAUUAUUAUUAUUAUUAUUAUUAUUAUUGGAUUUUAUGUGAUUUAAGGAUAGGUUUGCAGCGAGAGAUUUUUAUUUUUUUUUGUUGAAACUUUUGUUGUGUUGUUUUGUUUCCGAGGCACGGAACGUUGACGAGCGUCGGAUCGGAGCGAUGAAUGUUAGAGAGAAGCAGCAGGAGAGAGAGAGAGGGAGAAAGAGAGAGAGAGAGAGAGAGAGAUGAAGAAACAGCACCAUGUAUCUCAGCACGUGUCGAUUAUGGCUUAUACGAUAUAUCGCAAUAUUCAACAUCGUAGACGUGUGAAAACAGGCAGCGUGUUUUGGGCGGAGUUAAAGUCUGUCCUUUUCUAAAUGUAGCAGAAACACGGCUGUCUAUUAAAGGUCCUUAUUUCGGACCCAUCUCGAAGUGGCGCCCUCUGCUGCCCGGGUGGUAGCUGUUACCGUAAAAAUAGCUAUCUGUGAAAUAUGAUUAUUUCAGUUCUAGAAACACUUUUAAACGUUUUAACACAAAAUGUAAAAUGUUAAAUAUGAUAUUAAAUACUUUUAAUACGUGAUAAAAUCGUGAGCGUGAUAAAAUUUUAUCACCGUUUUCACUGUUUCUGUGCCGUCCGUUCGGAAGACUGAACACUAAUAUCGCAAUAUAUCGUAUGACUAUCGUAUCGACACACACACACACACACACACACACACACACACACACACACACACCUAGGUGGAGUGACAGCGAUAAUUCACAUUCGCGCCGAGGAACGCCAGCAAGUGCGUGAGAGAGAAGGAAGGAUCCCGUAUGAUUUAUAUUAUUAUUGUUGUUGUUUUUCUGAAGUCUAGCGGUGAGUGUAUAUUGUUUAUAAAUUAAUUUAUUAAGAGUCACUACAAAGAGAAAGAGAGAGAGAGAAAGAGAGAGAGAGAGAGAGAGAGAGAGGUGGAAGGAUUGGGGAGUGAGAAAGUCAAAGGUGGGUGUGGUGUUUUGUUUUUUAAUUUAUUCGAUGUGUUAUUUAUUAUUUUUGACAGACAGCUGACACUUCACACACACACACACACACAUACACACUCACACACUUUUGUUACUUUUUUUGUUUUUUGUUUUGUUUUUGUUUUUUUUUAGUUUCCAAUCUCGUUGGCUGACACACUGGCUUCUCUGAUCUCAAACUCUGAAACAAAUAAAAUGAAGCAAAUGACAGAAACCGUAGUCACACACACACACACACACACACACACACACACAGGAGGAAGUGAUACAGCAACAAAAACAAAACCAUGACAAAGCGCUCGGCCACACGGAAAAACCAAAAUGCUUCCCUGUUUGUUUUUGUUAGUUUUUUUUGUUUGUUUGUUUGGGUUUUUUUUAAAAACUCGUCUGCCUUCUUCAUCAGACUCUCACUCCUGUCUCACCUUCAUCCCUCGUCUGUCUCUCUCUCUCUCUCUCUCUCUCUCUCACUGGCUCUCUGAAUAUUCUAAAUCAAAUCUCACCGUCUUGCUUUUUCUCUCAUUCUCCCUUUCAUUUAAGCUUUUUCUUUCUCCUCUCUCUCUCUCUCUCUCUCUCCAUCCUCUCUGUCUCUCUCUCUCUUUAACGUCUAUUUCUUUUCCUUUCUUUAUCUUUCUCUAUGUGUCUCAUUCUUUCUUUUAUUUCAUGCUUUCCUCUUGCUCUUGCUUUCUCCUUCUGUCGUUCCCUCGUUAUUUGUCAUCAUGUCAUUCUCUCUCUCUCUCUCUCUCUCUCUCACACACUCCCUCCUUCCUCCUCUGCAACACUCUGUGAGUGCUGUUAGCCAUCAUGAAGUCAAAAAAAAGAAAAAAAAAACAAAAAAAGGAAAAAAAAAAAAAAAAAAAGUGAACUACUUCUCUCUCGGCUGCUAUCUCCACUCUCAACCAUGUUCGGAUUGCUGCUAAAGAAAAACGACAGAUAAAUAAAUAAAUAAAUUAAAUAAAUAAAUAAAAAUAAAUGAAUAAAAAAAACUUUUUAACCCUCCUGCUUCAGAAAAAAAAAAUGAAAAAAAAAAAUUAUAAAACCACUGCAUCUCAUGUAUUUAUUACUAUUUAACAAGAAAAAAAAGAAAAAAUGAACUUGUUUUCUGCUGUUUUUUUUUUUUUUGUUUGUUAGUUUUGGGUUUUGUUUACUUUCUUUCUUGGUACAGGUGAAAGCUUGACAUUUCUAUUCUGUAACGGAAACAUGGUAUUAAACAAGUGCCUCGAUUUCUCGGUCAGCCGCCGGACAGAGUGGGACGGGACGGGGGCGGAGUUUGAGCAGGGGUCAAACGACAUGUAUAGCUUAAAAAAAAAAAAAAAAAUUCAAGCCUCAUGUAAUUGUGUAGAAAAAAAAAUCCACUACAAUUCAAAUCCUUGUGAGAAUCGGAUUCGUAUCGGAAGCGAGCCUCAGUAUGACUGACCAAUUACCGUAUAUUUAAUUAACUGAUGACAUCAUCAUCCAUUGUAAUUUGUGUACAUAGCACUCAUGCUUCAUCCAAGUUAACGGUUAAGCAAUGGUAGGGUGAAAAUGUCAUUAUAUAUAUAUAUAUAUAUAUAUAUAUAUAUAUAUAUAUAUAUAUAUAUAUAUAUAUAUAUAUAUAUAUAUAUAUAUGAAUAUAUAUAUAUAUUAUUUUUUUCUUCUCAAGGCUGCUUCUCGCGACUGGGAUUCAAACCUGCGACCUUGAAGGCAACAGGACCUGCAAAACUACCUUAACUCUCUCUCACGUCAGUAACGAUGACUGCUGUCCUUUCUGUUGCGGUUGAAACUUGUAAUCGGCCGACACGGCUGCUUUACUUUGUAUUUUCUCAACGCCACCCUUCAUGAGAAACAUCAUGUCUGAAGUAUUAUCACAUCAUCGGUUUUUUGGUUUCUCUAUUAAAGAGAAAGUUGCCUCUAA